ACUCUGAUUGUAUCGAACAAGCGAACGAACCACACUCAAAUUUUGAUUUAAUCGUCUUCCUCGUUCGCAUUGGGCUAUUCUCAUCUUCUUCGUAUUUAUCUCUGCCGCGAAUCCUUCUCCUCUCCCUCCUUUAUGUCUUCCUGUAGCUUAGGAGCUCCUAAGAUUAAGAUUUAUGCAUCAAAUUUAAUAAGAUGUGACAAAUUUUUGCUGAUACCGAACAAUCAAAGACUAUGUAUCGGCCAAAUCCCCAUGAAAUAUCCGAGUCUGAGGACAACUUUGCAAUCUGUGAAAGCUUCCCAAUUGUCUGUAGUUCCAACUGCAGAAACAGCAGAUGUAGAAGAUUCUGAAGAGACCAAAUCAUCUGUUGUGAAUGCUCAGCUCAUUCCCAAGUCCUCGGAGGUGGAAGCACUUAUCAGUGAAAUCGCCGAAUCUCCAUCAAUUGCAGAGUUUGAACUGAAACUGGGAGGUUUCCGCCUAUACGUAGCAAAGAAAUUAGCUGACCAAAGUAGUCCACCACCUCACCAAACUCCGCACGUAGUUGCUGCAAGUGUGACUCCUGAGGGGAUCAAUACAAAUGGCUCAGCCACGUCUUCGUCAUUAUCUAUCACAAAGACAUCAUCUUCUUCAGGAGACAGACCGCAAACACUUGCUAACAAAGCUGCUAAUAAUGAGGGUUUAGUGAUUCUCCAAUCUCCAACGGUUGGUUAUUUCAGGAGAUCCAAGACUGUUAAAGGGAAACGCCUUCCUACAAUCUGUAAAGAGAAAGACAUAGUGAAAGAAGGUCAAGUUUUAUGCUACAUCGAACAACUUGGUGGCCAAAUCCCAGUUGAGUCUGAUGUUUCCGGUGAGAUUGUCAAAAUACUCCGUGAAGAUGGUGAGCCUGUAGGAUACGACGAUGCUCUCAUCACAGUUCUUCCUUCAUUUCCUGGCAUCAAGAAGCUUUAGUAAGAACUAAGAACUAAUUUUGGUUUAUUUAUGUUUGUGCUUUGUGUAUGCUGCUUUGUUUUUUCUCUUUUUUCUCCACACAAAUAGACAAAUAAACCACACUCAAAUCUUUGUCCCUACCAUUCUUUGUUUCA